GCAAUGGGUAGGAAGAAGAAUACCAACAACAAAAAGAAGAACAACAACAACAACAACAACAACAACAAUAACAAGAACCGGCUACCGAUAAACGACAAUCCAAUUUCCAACGAGCAAGCUCCCCUAGUUGAACCCGCCCCGGAGACGGUGGCCGAAUUGAUUGAGAAUGGAGCAACCACCGAUCCAGUAUGCUGAGCUUCCCAAGUUUGAAUACCAUCAGACACUCGAGCGUCAUUACCAGACCUUCGACCGUCAAACCAUGCAAUUUCAUUAUUAUUCUGUUGCUGCUACCUCGUCCGAUGAUGGUCUGACCCCGGCUAAGGACCAGGAGAACAACAAACCCAUCGAAGGCCCACCUGCCAACAGUGCCCCCGAGGAAGAAGGAUCUGAUAGCACCUCUACUGAUGGUUUAUCGUCGCCCGAUUCUGGAGAAACGUCUGAGACAAGCACACCACCUUCCGAGCCCGCUGAACCCGCUGCUGAUGCUGUCGACGACACCGAUGCGGCACCCAAAGAGGACAGCGAGACGCCUGCCCCCGCGCCAGAUGCACCAGCAACGGAUGCGGACGAUAGCACACCAGCAGGUGAAGACGCCACAACAGCCGAGGACGCACCCAAAGACGUAGAGCCAGAGCCCGCCGCCCCCGACGCAGCCGACAGUCCACCAGCACCCGCGGAGGAGACUACUGAACCUCCCCCCAGCACUGGUACGCCUACAAAGAAGAUCAGUUCACUAAGUCAGCUAACCUUACACUUAGAGGAAGACUUUCCGGCCUGCGACCCCUCUGCCGAAGAAGACCAAGUCGACGCCGAAAAGCAGGCGGUUGAAGCUACCACGGCGGAAGGGGAGACACCAGCAGUCGGUACAGAACACCUCAUUGAUAUGAACAUUGACAUUAUUGACUUCGACGCGACAACUGACCCCUGUAUAGACGGCCCAUCGACAGAAGAGGUCCCAUCCGAUACGAAUGUUGAUAGUCCCAGUGGCGACAAUGCAGGUGUGAACGACACCAGUGAUGCAACUAAUGACACCGCAGCUACAGAAGCCGAACCGGAGGAGGAACCGAAGGAGGUCGAGGCUCAGCCUGAAGCUCUUGCUGACGUAGUAGAGGCACCAGCCGCCCCUGCUGCUGCAGCAGAAGGAGACGGCGAAGCGCCUGCGGCUGACAGUGCCGGGCCUUCAACCACGGAGGCCGAUGCAGUGGAGGCUGCGGAGGAAGCAAAGGGCGAGCCCGUCAAGGAAGAAGCGCCAGAGACUGCAGAGCAGUCAGGGGAGGAAACGCCAACAAAGGAUGUCACAGCAGACGCAGCUGCCACCGAGCCUGAGGGAGAAGCUACAAAGGCAGAGGAAUCUGCACUAGCUGAAGCGGCCGAACGAGCAGGUUCUACUCCAGAAGCAACUGAGUCGCCUGCAGCAAUCGAAGAACCCGCGGCAGAGGCAGAGGCAGACCCGAGUACCCCAGCUCCCACCGAUGCGCCCGAAGAAGAAGCUGUUAAGGAAAAGGGCGCAGGCGGAGAAAAUGCCGAGGCACUUACCGCAGAGACGGCGGCUGAUGAGCCUGCUGCCGAUAUGACAAAAGACGCUCAGGAUGAAGCACCAGCUACGCCCGAAGAAACCCCCGAAGUGACGGAACCGGCAGUCGACGAGACACCAAGCCAAGAAACGGCAGUCGAAGAAUCAACGGACGAGAAGCCAGCCGAGACGGCACCCGCGGAGGCAGAAGCGGCUGAAGCUGCGCCCGCGGAAGUUCCUGCAGAUGAAGCUGCGUCGAAAGAGGAGCCUACUGUCGAGGAGCCUGCAACAGCCGAUGACGUGGCUGCUAAAGAAACAGCGCCCGCUGAAGAUAAGGCCAUUGUGGAAGAACCUGCUCCAGCUGAAGAGCCCGCUGCUGAGGCCCCUGCUGCUGAAGAGGCCCCUGCUGCUGAAGAGGCCCCUGCUGCUGAAGAGGCCCCUGCUGCUGAAGAGGCCCCUGUUGCUGAAGAGGCCCCUGUUGCUGAAGAAGCCCCCACUGUCGAGAGACCGGCUGCUGCUCAAGAACCGACUGCUGCUCCAGAAGAAACUCCUGCCGAAGAGGCUGUCGCUAAGGAGGUUGCCAGAGAAGAACCAGCCGCCGAGGAAGCCCCUGCUGCUGAUGAAUCGGCUGCUGAAGAAGCUCCCGCCGUUGAAGCUCCCGCCGUCGAGGAAGCUCCCAUCAUUGAGGAAGUCCCUGCUGCUGAGGAGGCUCCUGCUGCUGAGGAACCAGCUGCUGCUGAGGCUGUCGUCAAGGAGAUUGUUGCUGAAGAACCUACUGCUGCUGAAGCUCCCGUUGUUGAGGAAGCUCCUGCCGCUGAAGAAGCCCCUGCUGAGGAACCCCCUACUGCUGAGGAGCUCGCGCCGGAAGAAUCUACACCUGCGGAUGAACCGAUUGUCGCUGAAGAAGUCGUUGCUGAAGAAGUCGUUGCUGAAGAAGUCGUUGCUGAAGAAGUCGAGGCUGAAGAAGUCGAGGCUGAAGAGGUCGAGGCUGAAGAGGUCGUCGUUGAGGAAGUUGUCGAAGAGGCCGUAAUCGAGGAAGCUACUGAAGAGCCUGCAGCAGAACCUAUCACUGAGGAAUCUGCGACUAGCGAAGAGCCUGAUCUAGAAAGAUCUAUUCCCGCCGACGAGCCCGCCGCUCCCGAGGAACCUGCUCUCGAAGAUGCUGCCCCCGCCGAAGAGCAUGUCGAAGAGCCUGCCGCUGCAGAGGAGCCCGCACCUGUUGAGGAGCCUGUUAUUGUCGAAGUCAGUCCUGCAGAAGAUGCAUCUGAAGAGCCAGCGCCUGCAGAAGAUCCUGCUCCAGAGGUACCUGCUCCAGCCUCUGAGCCGGCGGCUGAAGAAGUUGCGCCUGUCGAAGAGCCUGCACCAGAAGAGGCUGCUGCGCCCGCGGAAGAGCCUGCGCCUGCGCCCGCUGAAGAAUCUGCCCAUAUCGAAGAACGUGCUCCUGCGGAACCUGAUCUGCUCGAACGUUCUCCCUCUGAGCCUGAGCUUCUUGAGCGUUCUCCAGCCGAAGUACCUACUCCUGUCGAGGAGCCUGCUGCAUACAAGCCUACUCCAGAAGAACCAAGUAUCGACAGAGGGGUUCCCGAAGAGGCCCUGGCUACGGAUGUCUCGGAGGAUGUUGACUCUGCCGAGCACGAUGACGAUGCCUUGGCUGCAGCCGGUGCGGCAGCGGCAGGGGCAGGGUUGGCAGCAGCAGCCGCCCACAGUUCGCGAAGAAAGAAGAAGAGGUCUCCUGAUCUGGAGCGGGAUCGAGACCGUUCCAAGAGCUCAUCCGAAGGACAUCGAUCAAUUCAGCGGCAGAACAGUCAACGCGGUAGCGGUCUUACUGGCCGAUGGGCGGAAUCCAUGAAGGAGGCCCGGCGACAGCAUGAAGAGAAGGCCAAACAAAAGGCAGCCUUGGCCGAGAAGGCCGAGAAGGCCGAAAAAGAGCGCCGUGCCCACGAACGCGAGCGUGCAAGGCGCGCUGAACGAGAACGGGCUGAACGGCCUGAGAGAUCUGAGCGCGUUGAACGACAUGAACGGCAUGAGCGAACUGUACGUACCGAGCGACCUGAGCGGGCGGAACGGGCCGAGAGGGAGAGGGUUGAGCGAGUUGAACGAGCUGAAAGGGCUGAGAGAGCGGAUCGAGCACAGCGACUGGAAGAAGCGGAACGCGAACGGGCUCUGAGGGCUGAGAGAGUCGAGCGUCACGAGCGGUCUGAGCGAUCAGAAAGAAUGGAGCGUCGUCUGAGCGAGCAAGACAGCAGCUCAAACCGACCGCGACACCGCAGCUCAAACCACUCGGGGAGCUACGAGGGUGAUCGCAAGAGCAGCUCCUCCUCCUCUCGCGUCAUCCCAGAAUCCACGACCACGAAGCCUCGCUUCUUCCUCAAGUACAUGGCCGAUGGCUCUGAUAACCGACCGCCCCUGAUGGUCAACGCUGCCAAAGCGACCGCCAAUGUCUACGACCGCUCGCGACGCCCCUCGACCACCCAUUCCCACAGCCAUCGUUCCUCGCAGGAAGGCAAGAGCACGAGUGAGCGCUCUACCGAGUCCUCCCGCCGCGACGACGAAGAGGACCGUGCUCACCGCGAAGCUCGCCGGGCUCGCAAGCUGGCCGAACAGGCCGAGGCGGCGGCGGCAGCGGCACCGCCAGCGAAGGAAGAACCCGAGCGGCGUCAUCAUCGCGGCGAGCAGCGCGAUAGCACCGAGUCAUCUCGCCAUCGCCAUCACAGACAUCGCCGGGAUCCCACGCCACCCCCAAGCGGCGCUUCGAAGAUGAAAGGCUUCUUCAAAGCCGCCAUCGCUGCACACUGAGUGCAUCGCUCUCUGCCUCGACCCCCGACCCCCGGCCCCGUUGAGUUCACAUUUCACCACCACCACCACCAUCAUCACCAAUCCCCCCGAUAUGUUUGACCCCUUGCAUCUAUACAUUACUUUCUUGUAACUUC